CCGGAAUUGCCGACCAUUCCGUAGCCACCGGCCACCACAUAGCCAUCCUCAUGUCUGAACUCAAGUAGUCCAACGGCCAAUUUUCAACAAACACCUACUGCUAACUCCCCACAGUACUCUGUACUUCCACACUCCGCCACCGCUCCGCCGCAGUUGUCGCCAUCGCCACUUUCCGGUCACCGUAGAUCCUCUUUUAACUUUUACCACGUCUCCCCCACAUUUUCUCCAUUCAACUUGCUAUUUUGAUUCUGUUAUUCCCACUGUCUUUGACAAUUGACGCCUCUCAUUCCAUUUUUGGGGCGGGAAACUUGCUAAGUUUGUUUCAUCUCCAUGGCCGCCACCGGAGCUUGUGUUUUCCAUGGCGCUGUGUUCUCAGCUCUCCGGCGGGAUAGGACGUGGUCCAAUGGGAGUUGUAAAUCCGGUUCGAUGGCGAUCCAUAAUGCUCGGCGAUUUGCUGUGUCUACUACUUCCACGGACCAAGUUGUUUCGUCGUCCUCAGAGACUACUGCAACCUCGUCGGUGAGUGAUUUGUUUGGUAAUGGUCGGUUUGAGAAGACUUACGAACAUGCUGCAACGGAGAUUGUUGGAGUUGGUGCUGAGAAAGAAAGUCCGUCCAAAUCGGGUUGGGAAGAUACGGAGGUCCGGCGGAGCUUGAAGGAUUAUUUCGAACAAUCGGUUGAAUUGAUUGGAUCGGACGGUGGACCUCCUCGCUGGUUCUCGCCACUGGAAUGCGGUUCUCGGAUGGAUAAUUCUCCCUUGCUUCUGUUCUUGCCUGGUAUUGAUGGCGUUGGACUUGGACUCAUCAAGCAUCAUGAGAAGCUCGGGAAGAUUUUCGACGUAUGGUGCUUGCAUAUUCCAGUCAGGGAUCGGACGCCAUUUACAGAAUUAGUGAAGUUGGUCGAAAAAACAGUAAAGAAUGAGCAUCAAUAUUCACCAAAGAAACCAAUAUAUCUUGCUGGAGAAUCCUUGGGAGCAUGCCUUGCUCUGUGUGUUGCUGCUCGCAAUCCACAUAUCGACAUUGUAUUGAUUUUGUCUAAUCCUGCUACUUGUUUCAGCAAGUCACCAUUACAACCUGUAAUAUCUUUGUUGGAAUUCAUGCCAGAAUCAUUGCAAGUUAGCCUCCCUUACAUACUGAAUUUACUGAAAGGUGAUGCUUCUAGGCUGCCAUUGGCUGAUGUGGGAGUCAUAUUGCAGCUAAUAGUUGGUGAAUUGUCACAGGAUCUUGCUGCUCUAUCUUCUCACCUCUCUGUUCUUGCUGAUAUUUUACCAGUAGAAACACUCAACUGGAAAUUUAAAAUGCUUAAACAUGCUUCAGCUGAUUCUAACUCAUGCCUCCAUGCUGUAAAAGCUCAGACUCUGAUACUCUGCAGUGGCAGAGAUCAGUUGCUACCCAGUAUCGAGGAAGGUGGAAGACUUCAUCAGUUUUUGCCAAAAUGUGAGAUUCGAAGAUUUUCCAACAAUGGCCAUUUUCUUUUCUUGGAGGAUGGUCUUGAUUUGGCUGCUACAAUCAGGGGUGCUGGUUUCUAUCGCCGUUCACAAUACGUGGAUUAUGUUUCGGAUUUCAUCCCACCAUCGGCUGCUGAAGUCAGAAAUAUAUUUGAGAAGUUUAGUUUUAUAACUUUUGCAACUAGUCCCGUGCUGCUUUCAACUCUAGAAGAUGGGGCAAUUGUGAGGGGACUCGCAGGUAUUCCUGAAGAAGGUCCUGUCCUUUUGGUUGGGUAUCAUAUGCUAUUGGGACUCGAAUUGGCUCCCAUGGUAGGCCAGUUCUUCAAAGAAAAGAACAUAAUCUUACGAGGGAUGGCACAUCCUAUGCUAUUUAUGAAAAUGAAGGAAGGAAGUUUACCUGACUUGGCAACCUAUGAUUCGUUUAGAAUGAUGGGGGCAGUUCCUGUCACUGCCAAGAACUUCUACAAACUUUUAUCUUCCAAGGCUCACGUCUUAUUAUAUCCCGGAGGCAUGCGUGAGGCUCUACAUCGAAAGGGAGAAGAAUAUAGGCUAUUCUGGCCUGAGGAAUCAGAGUUUAUUCGGAUGGCUGCUCGGUUUGGAGCCAAAAUUGUACCUUUUGGUGUUGUGGGAGAAGAUGAUAUUGGUGAAGUGGUUUUUGAUUAUGAAGAUCAGAUGAAAAUCCCAGUCUUGAAAAAAAGAAUAGAGGAACUAACCAACGAAGCAGUGAGAUUGAGGGCUGAUGUGCAUGGCGAGGUUGCAAACCAAGAUGUCCACUUCCCCGGAAUUCUCCCUAAACUUCCUGGAAGAUUCUACUAUUACUUUGGAAAGCCAUUCGAAACCGAAGGGCGGAAAGAGGAGCUACGAGACAGAGAAAACGCUCACAAACUGUAUCUUCAAGUAAAGGGUGAGGUGGAGAACUGCCUUGCAUACUUAACAAGUAAAAGAGAAAACGAUCCUUACAGGCAGCUAUGGCCUCGUCUAGCUUAUCAAGCUAAGCAUGGCUUCACGUCUGAGGUUCCUACUUUUAAGUUCUGAGUGUUCCAUGCUUGUUGGUGAAAAGCUGACCCUGAUGGCCUAUUUGGUGCUGUUCUUUUUCAGGUAAGAACUAUAGUCCAUGUCUGUUGUUAUUAGGAUUUUUUCAUAGUGUUAUUUUGUGGAUGCAAUUUUUAUUCAUUUCCUAGGAAAAGAAACAAGCCUUUAAUGUGGAGACCUUGUAUUCAUCAUCACUCUUGCUUUAACUGCAAAAUAAUCAGAUAUCAUUGAUUCUUA